AUGAAUUCCCCUGGCUGCCCCUCAAAGAGGGGCCGGUCUGCAGCUAAUGGCGCAAUCAUUUCAGGGUUUGGUUCUUUAAUCUACAAGAGUGCUCUUGCCAACGAUGCUGACAAUAUGAGAUUGGUGCACCACCAGCUUCGCAUGUUCCCAUUGCUUCCACUUUUUACGGUUGUGGAGACCGUCUUCCAAGCAUCUUCGGGAUUUGCGCGCAUUUCCGUCAGGCUCCCCCACGGGAAGAGCGACAGCUGUGCCAAGCGCGUCGUAAGGUCUGGCGCCGCAGACCAACAGUGCGACACUGCUUUUGGUGGCCCUGUGUUCUACACCUUGUCCUCAAAGGAUCUCAAAGGCAAUCGCUCCGGCAGGAGCCACAAGGCCAACAGCUGCCAGCGGCCAUGCGGGGAAGAUGCGGCCAAAAGGGUCCGCCAAUCAGCUGGUUCCCUCCAAUCUGCCCAAGCGAGGAUCUAG